AUCCAAAGUUGCGUCAACAGCACCCGUGGCGCCAGUCGCUGAUUUCCGAGGUCGUCGCCAAGAGGAUGGUGGGUCGCUCGCUCUGGAACAUUGCUUCGGGCCUUUUGACGCGUGCGCUGACGCGGGACAAGGCGGCGCUGGCCGACGUUGCCAUCACGCGCCGCCACGUGUGGAAGGCGCGCAGCGGCUUCCUCGACAUUGACCUCAAUUUGCACCUCAACAACUCGUCGUAUCUGUACAACAUGGAGCUCGCGCGCUGGCACAUGACAGGGCUCAGCGGGCUGCUUGGCCUCGCCUUUCAGCGCCGCUGGAUGUUUAUCGUUGCGUCGCAGUCGAUCCGGUACCGCCGGUCCAUCGCGCCCUUUGCGCCGUACGAGAUUCACACGCAAAUGAUUCACUGGGACGAGAAGUGGAGCUACAUCUCGCACCAAUUCGUGUGCCCCAAGACUGGGGCUCUCUACGCCGAAGGGCUCACGCGCGCGAUCUUCAAGCGCGGCAAGAAGACGGUGAGCAUGGCCGAGGCUGCCGAGGCACUCGGCGUGGCGUUGCCGGUCCUUGGUGACGAGCCCGCGAUCGUCAAGGGUUUUGUGGCCUGGGAAGAAGCGACGAAAGAGAAGAACGGCGAUUGGGACGCUGCCGCGCACGUGUCGCACGCGCCGUUCUGGCAAGAGUCGGUCAACUUGCCGUCCGUCAACCAGCCCAAGUAGAGGCGACCGUCAACACGACUGUUUAAUAGAUGCACACAUUGCUGGUG